AUUACAUAUAGUAAUAUUGGUGAUGUUCAUCGUUUAAUGGGUGAUUGUGAGAUGGCAAUUUCAUUUCAUCGAAAAGCAUUAAAUAUUCAAGAAAAUGUUCAAUGUGAUCCUACAGAUUGUGCAACGACAUAUAUAAAUUUAGGUGAAACAUAUCGUCAAAUGAAAGAUUAUACAAGGGCAUUGACAUAUUAUCAAAAAGGAUUAGAAAUACGUGAAAAGAAACUACCAAAAAAUCAUCCUGAUUUAGCUGUUGUAUAUCACAAUUUGUCAAAAUUAUAUUUAUCUACUCGACAAUAUAAUAUGGCAAUGAAAAAUGUUCAACAAGCCGUAGAAAUUGCUGAAGAAAAAUUACCUUCAAAUCAUCCUCAUAUUUUGGAAUAUAAAGAAACAUUUGAAAAAAUUCGAAAGAAAAUGUAA